UCCGCGUUGGAGGCGCAUCUUAUUCUGUUUUCAGAGUCGGACUCAUGGCGCUUCACGCUGUCUUGCUCGGAACGAUCUUACUUUGCGGAUUCCACGAAAGCCUGGCGGCCGGCAGCACGUGCAACGUCUACGCCGCGGUCGGAGAAGAUGUGGUUUUAGCGCUGAAUUAUACGCAGCUGGGCAAAACUGACCUGCUGUCAUGGACUCAGGAUAGCGUCCCGGCGUUCGUCAGAGACCACAGAGGAGUGCAUAUCGGGAAGCCACAAGACGUCUCUUUAAGUGGCUCUCUUUUGCUGAAGAACCUUAAACUCUCCAGUUCUGGCUUGUACGAGGGAAAGAAGUCCUACGCAAACGGUACCGCGCUGACAUCGUGGAGCGGUCGCCUAUGUGUGAUGGACAAGGUGUCCAAACCUCUCCUGAGGUUAGCUGAUGCAAGGCAGCAAACUCUGAACAUGUCAAUGCUAAAAAAUGCCGAUUGGGAUUUGACGUGUUUGGCGGAAAACAAGGUCAGCGCCAGGGAAAGUGACGCCGUCAGUCUGUCAGCCUGUCGAAAUCCACUAACGCAGGCUUUGCUUUGCUUCGCAUCCAAGACGGUCUUCGUCGUGCUGGCGGGGGGUGCGGCUCUUCUUCUCCUCCUGCUCGUGGUCUUCAUCGUAUUGUGUCACCAUCACAGACGAAGACGCCGCCACAACACCAUCGGCAACAAACGGGAGCUCAGGAUGCUUUCCAUAAAACAGCACGAGUCCGUCAGUUCCGAGUAUGAGAUCAUGAACUCCCCUCCGGGCCCGGUUCCGGAGCCUCUGCCCAGAACUCGUCACCUGAGCGUUUCCGAAGCUGAAGGUCGGCUUGAAAGCAGCCUGUUGCAGCCGGACGACACUGCCGACAGACAACCCUCGCCGGUGCCAAAGCCAAGGACCAAGAGCCCCCAGACUCAGAACUAAAUCUGCGGCCUGCUAUGACAGAACACUGGAACUUGCUUUUUCUCCUGGUUUUUAGUCCGAUGGUCUCCUUGUGGAAUUCUUCUGACGAAUACACCACAUGAUGAUGCUGUUAUUAAACUCCAAUGUUUCACCCCCCAUUUGUCGGAUGGACUCAAAAUUUCACACACAGCUCAAUGUUGCUGAAUCACCACAAAAUGUGGGACACAUCUUUAGGGCACUGAUGCGCACAUGUCAAAAGAUGAGCAAAAAAAACGUGGCUGCCAUCAAGCAAAACGUUUUUGCAGAGGCGACUCUUCGCAACAACUAUU